AUGUCAAUUCAAAAGGACACCGAUUUGCCCUUUUGGCAGCUCAAAGCGGUCAGUCAGCGCUCAAAGUAGCCCUAUUAGCGUGGGCAAUCCUCGAUAGGAAAGCUCAUUAUCCUUGCCAGCCUUCACGCUUGACAGGAGCUACCACGCCUCAGCAGCCUUCAAGUCCAAACCGCUUUGCGUCCUCGAGACACCCCUCAGCACACGAGCCGCACGAGCCGCAUGAGCCGUCGCUCCCCCCGCCAGCGCGAGACAGGGGCUACAAGCGAAGCCCAUUGGUGCAUCAUGGUAAGCUCUGAUAUUGGCUAGAUUGAUGCCUUUCUUGGGCUCACGCAUCCCUCUGCGCUCCAGAGAGCUUGCCAGCAGUUUGACAACUACUCUGACCUCAAGCGAGUAGAGCACUAUGGCAAUUUGCGCGCUGCUUUGUUAACGCUCCGCCACCAAGUCCGAGGGAUCACCAAUCCAGCCGCCCGCUUGCACAUUUGGAGCGAUAGCGCGUCCGUGCGCUUGAAGCUUGACAGAUUCAAAGCUGGGUUUGUAGAUCGGGUGCCUGCGGUGUCACAAUUUGUUUUGAGUCGACUGGAACUUUUGAGGCUACGCAAGAAGGAUCUUGCUCUGCUACAAGAGGGCGGGCAGAGUGAGGCGCUCAACAAAGUCAGAAUCUCUAUGCAGACCGCACAAGGGGUCUUGCAUUGUUUUGAGGUUGAGCAAGGCAUUGCGUGCGAGACGGGUUCUUGGCUUUACAGGAGGACGCAAAGCAGGUGAGUUGUGAGCGCAUUUAUUGGCUAGAUUGACGCCCUUCUUGGGCUCACGCAUCCCUCUGCGCUCCAAAGAGCUUGCCAACAAUUUGACAACGACUCCAACCUUGAGCAAAUAGAGCACUAUGGCAAUCUGCGCGCUGCUUUGUUGAUGCUCAGCCACCAAGUCCAAGGGGACACCAAUGCAGCUGCCCCCUUGCGCAUUUGA